AUGAAUGAAGGGGAAGAGUCAUCGUUAGUCUCUUAUGCCGAGAGUCAUUUCAGAUUGUAUGAUGGAGUGGAAACGUUUCUCUUGUUCAUUGGUUAUCCACGUAGCAUUCAUAGUUUAGUGGGAGCCCUAUUGGAUGCUCACCCGGAAAUAAUUAUAUCACACGAGUAUGGUGUGCUAGGAAAAUGGGAAAAAUACCGCUCAGCGCGGUUGAAGAAAAAGAAAAACCUACAAAAGUACGCACUGUUCUAUGACCUUCAUCAGUUUUCCUUGAGGGAUGCACUAUUUGGAAGGCGUGCUACAUUCAGUAAGACGCUUCUUGCACCAAAGUUCAGGUACACUUACAAUGUGCCUGGUUUAUGGCAAGGUGGAUAUCAAAGGAAAAUUAAGGUUAUCGGCGAUAAGCAAGCUGGUAAAACUUCAGAGUUCUUAUCAACGGCAAUAGACAUUCUAAAAGAAAUAAGGCAAACCCUCCAAGUACCGCUGAGAUUUAUACACAUUGUCAGGAACCCUUUUGACAACAUUGCCACCAUGACACUUCGAGAAACAGGAACGCGAGAGGCUGUGAUUGAAGAAGGAACGCAAAUAAACAAUACAGCCCAAGACUUGGAGAAGUCUAUUAACCGCUAUUUCAAAUUAGCGGCUGCAAACCAACGCAUCCGGGAACUUUAUGGCGAUGAAGUUGUCGAUAUUGCAGGGCACGAAACUAUACUGAGACCUAAAGAAACUCUCCAGAGAUUAUGCGACCAUUUAAACGUCGCAUGUUCUGAGGAUUACUUCGAGAAAUGUAGCAAUAUCCUGUUUUCAACCCCCUCAAUCACAAGACACAAAGUAGUUUGGACUGAGGAACAAAAAGUACGCGUAACACAAAUGAUGAAGAAUUACUCCUUUCUUCGAGAAUUUUCUUUCGAUAAGUAUCCCAUAUGAUACUCUUAUCAGGAACAUGGGAUGAAUAUGUAGCAUACUUGGAACAAAGUGCCACCAUUGAAAUCAAUUAUACAGGGUGUACUGAUUACUUUCUGGGGAUUUAGUUAUUUCUGAUCCACGAAUGAAUCUGUCAAUGAACCUCAAGAACUAAUGACAAUCACUGUGUAAAUUUUCGUAUUUGAUAUACUUCUUUUAAACUCAGUCUCACUAGCAACAUCACAUAUAGGAAUUAAUUUUGUUAUCGUUACCGAUACGUCAUAUACAUAUACUUAAUGAACAGAAUACUUAUCAAAAUGCAAAUGCAUAGGUUCUAAACGAAGCUAACCAUUUUUCAAUCAAAUAUUUAUUUCUCAAACUCAUUAUGCACUACCUAUUUACCAGAUAAUUUCGCAAAUGAGUGUAAAAAUCUGAUAUGAUUCACAAGGAAGGUUCAGGAGUGUCAAAUAAGCAGUAGCAACAGGAGUGCUCCUUAAGCAGUAGUCUCAUCAUAGUGUUGAGUCUUCAGAACAACAACGAAAAACAAACUACGUUGUUCGUCACUUAUCAAGAAGAUAGUCUAAUUGUUAGCCCACACAUUGGCUAGACGAAGCAGAGCCUCUUAAAGAGGAUUAGAUAGUUCUAAUCCUCUAAUGCUUGUUUCUGUUUGGAAGAUUUCUAUCGCGGGC